UCGCGAGAUUUCAGUGUCCAAAAUGGCCGACUCGAUAACACGUUUGUUGGAAAGUUUAUCAACAGAAGAUGACCCUUUGGAGACGUUAACAGAGCUGAAAGUUGCUGUCAAUGCUGUGCAUCCAUCAGCGCUGGAAGAUCUGGUCACUAACGUGCCGCUGAAUGCCUUAUUUGACUGCCUGAACUCAUCUAAUGGGGAACAGAUUGCGGAGUGUUCGUAUGUGCUGAAGAAGUUGCUGGAUGCCCACAGCCCUUCCAUCGUCCUCCAACAGUUCCGAGAACCCCUGCAGAGAGGAGUGGUGCACCCGCGGGCAGACGUCAGAGAACUCUGUCUGACGGAGAUCUACAGAUGCACGGAUACUAUUGUCCACAUUCAGGAACUCGUGACCUGCCAUGACCUACUGUUACACACAGUACAGAGUCUGGCAGACACAGAGCUGUCUGUGGCCACCAUGGCUGGGAAUGUCAUCACUCGCCUGGGAGCCUGCGAGGCCGGGCUAAGGGUUCUCUUCACGGGAAACCUGCUGGAGGAGUUACAAAGAGUGAUGAAGGAGAGUGAUGUCAUUCGGUACAGGGUGUACGAGGUGCUGGUGAAUCUCCAGGCCAUCUCACCCCUGGCGCUUCAGUACUGCAGUGAUUCUGGUCUGUUGACUCAACUCACAGGAGAACUCAGCGGUGGAGACGUUCUUGUUCAGGUCAACUGCAUCGACAUGCUGAGCAGCUUGGCCCAGAGUACACACGGACUGAACUGGCUGGAGCAGCAGGGGGUUGUGGGUAAAUUGGAGACCAUGCUCACCGCAGCAGACAGUGACCCAAUGUCAAGUUUUUACAUACCUGGAGUGAUAAAGUUCUUUGGGACCAUGGCAUCUAUACGGCCGGAUGAGACCAUGGAACACCAUGGGGCGUUUAUGAAGAUAGUGUUUGAGUCUCUGGACAGCAGGGACCCUACCAUGGUGAAGAUCGCUGUAGAAACAGUAGGGAUGGUAGGAUCAAGGCCAGAUGGGAAAAUGGCCCUUGAAAAACAAGGGAAUGCAUGGACAGACUGUUUAAAACAGUUUGGUAGGAUUGUUCUGAACCCUCCUACUGAGAUGAGGAUGUAUGGGCUGACAACCCUGGCUUCCCUCUUCUCUCUUCAGGUUACAGAUCACACAGAAGACCAGCUGUCCAUGUUAGAAGGCUGGUUCAAUACCUUCAGUCCAAAACCCAUGGACACUCUCAUGUCUAUAGUCCAGCAACCAUUCCAAAACUUACAUUGUGCUGGUUUAGCCGUCCUACAGGCUCUCGGUAACCAGCCAUGGGCUCAGCGGGCCAUGGCUAACUUCCCAGGCUUUGUGGAGUACCUUGUGGAUAGAUCCACAGAGAAGGACAAGAUGGGUAAAGAGGCUCGUUAUGAAGUCAUCAAGGCUUUGGUAGAAUCCUCCACAGCUUUGGAAACAUUUGGAUCUCCAUUUUAUCUGAAGUUGAAGGAGUAUUACCGACAAGGGCCUUUCUAUGUCCGAGUACAGGCAGAAGUUGCAAUGGAGGGUUCAAACUAGUGUUUGCUACGAAGUUGUUACGUCUAUUUGAAUUUGUUGUUUGAGAAAACAUAGUUUGAAAAACCAUAGAUUCUAGUGGAACCUUUCCAUAUUCUGUACAGUAUAGGUGCAAAGUUCCUCAAAAUGUUGAGGUUAAGAGGUUAUACUUCAAAUGGUCUGGUUCCAUGCUACUAGGUUGUAAUAGAGAUGUGUAUUUGUAAGAGAUGUAUUCUUUAGUGGAAAAUGUAUGGUGCAUAUAUACCUUGAAAAGUGUUGAACAUAUUCAUUUUCAGUAAAGACUGUUAAAUUUUCAUGUGGCAUGAAUGUUCCUAAUAGUAUAUUGUGUUGCUGAUCUCUGUUCAAACAUUGCAAAUAGAACCUU